AUGGUUGGCAAAGGGGGAGGCAGUAAGGGGGAGGGGGGGGGGGGCAGUUUUGUGCUCAGGUCAAAGGUCGUGAUGCGAGGGCAGUUCUGUGCUCAGGUCAAAGGUCGUGAUGCGAGGGCAGUUCUGUGCUCAGGUCAAAGGCUAAAGCUCGGAGGGACCACCGCGCCAGUCUGCCACUCCAUUGGCACCUCCUCCUCCACACCUCCCUCUACACCUCCUCCUCCCCACAUCCUCCUCUACACCUCCCUCUACACCUCCUCCUCCACACCUCCUCCUCCCCACAUCCUCCUCUACACCUCCCUCUACACCUCCUCCUCCACACCUCCUCCUCCCCACAUCCUCCUCCACACCUCCCUCUACACCUCCUCCUCCCCACAUCCUCCUCUACACCUCCCUCUACACCUCCUCCUCUACACCUCCUCCUCCACACCUCCUCCUCCCCACAUCCUCCUCUACACCUCCCUCUACACCUCCUCCUCCACACCUCCUCCUCCCCACAUCCUCCUCUACACCUCCCUCUACACCUCCUCCUCCACACCUCCUCCUCCACACCUCCCUCCACACCUCCCUCUACACCUCCCUCCACACCUCCCUCUACACAUCCUCCUCCACACCUCCCUCUACACAUCCUCCUCCACACCUCCUCCUCCACACCUCCCUCCACACCUCCUCCUCCACACCUCCCUCUACACCUCCUCCUCCACACCUCCCUCUACACCUCCUCCUCCACACCUCCCUCUACACCUCCCUCUACACCUCCUCCUCCACACCUCCCUCUACACCUCCUCCUCCACACCUCCCUCUACACCUCCUCCUCCACACCUCCCUCUACACCUCCUCCUCCCCACCUCCUCCAGCUCCUGUACAGCUCUGUGUGUGUGA